GAAAUGCAAGAAUGGUUGGUAGCUACACAAGUAAAAGAAGACGAAGAAGAAGAAAGACUUAGCAGCCGAAGAAGAAUGAAUCAAGCAUGGCGGCGUGCAUAAGUAACUCUCCGACACCGAUAAAGAGUUCUCUUUCUAAACUACAGUCUUUAAAUGGAUUGUUUGCGAUAUAUAAAAAGCAAGGACCGACAUCUGCAGAAGUGUUAAAUAACCUCAAAGAAGUUUUACUCAAGGAGGCUGGGGUUCGAAACCCUAACCCGCGGAAGAGGAGGAAGCAGAGCCUGAAGAUGGGGCACGGAGGGACUCUGGACAGUAGUGCUUGUGGGGUGUUAGUUGUUGGUGUUGGAAAUGGCACAAAGAUGCUCAGUACAAUGUUGUCUGGGUCAAAGAAAUAUGUUGCUGUGGCGGAACUGGGGAAAGCAACAGAAACUCUUGAUGCCUCUGGCAGUGUGGUUCUGGAGAAAGACUUUGAACACAUAACCAGGUUGGACAUUGAGGAGAAACUGAAAGCUUUCACUGGUGACAUAAUGCAAGUUCCUCCACUCUACUCUGCACUGAAAAAAGAUGGCCAGCGUCUAUCUGUCCUGUUGAAGAACGGUCACAAGGUUGAGGCCAAACCAGCCAGACCAGUCACUGUGUACAACCUGACCCUGCAAGAGUUCAACUCUCCUCUCUUCACUCUGGCUAUUGAGUGUGGUGGUGGAUUUUAUGUCAGAAGCUUGGUGGAUGACCUGGGAAAAGCUCUGUCGUCAUGUGCUCAUGUGAAGGAACUGACCCGGACCAAGCAGGGCCAGUUCACCCUGGAGGAGCACGCCUUACAGGAGGAGCAGUGGACACUGGAACAUAUCCUGAGCUCUCUGCAGCCCUGCUCCGAGUCAGAGCAGGGUGUCCAUGGUACAGACGCACCAGAAGUUGACGCCUGUGGAACACCUUCAGAACAGAGUCCAAAGUGAAACACUGGGACAGGUGUCUGAGUCAUGACUCACCUGCUGGGCUUUUCUAGUGAAGGAAACAUCCUGUCCAAACAUGUCGAGUACUCCAGGAUGUUUCAAGGUGUGUUGUCGAAAAUGAGACAAACGUCAAACCCACAGUUUGAGAACUUGGUGGACCAAUAUAAUUUAACACAGCUAGUAAUUUCUCGUCCACAUUCUAGUGGUUUCUGUCUUGUCUCUGUCUCACCAGCUACUUACGUUUCAGUUAAAUUUGCAAAUAAUUCUUUAUUUUCUAACAGCCCCAAUUCAUCCUCUGUCUUCCCCUGUUCAUGUUAGUGAUGCUGAUUUCUAAAAUAACAAUUAGGCCAACAGCCGAUAUUGAUGCUUUCUCUUCUUAUUUUCUUCUGUAACGGUCCUUUUCGGUCCCCUCGCCUCAGCCAUGAUGUCCGUAGAGGCAGCUGGACCCAGUUCCGUUGGCCUCAAGGACAGAUCAAGGCACGGUCCAAAGCUCCUGUGCUAGAGGUGUAAACACCAACACUCCCUCGGCGCUCUAAGUAGUCUUGGCUGUGCAGCUACCUGAGCUAACUAGCUGACAACCGCUAACUAGCAGCAGUUAGCAGUUGUGGAGAGUUCGACCACAAAACUGAUGUGACACAUCAGAUAAACAUCCGCCAUUGCCAUCGGUAAUCGUUUUUUAUUUGCUGAUAGGCCAGUUGCAGUAAACAAGGCUAAGCUGAUACCGAUCUUUGGCUGAUAUAUUAUUGCAUCUCGAGUUCAUAUUCUUCUUUGUAUUGUUGAGCUGGGUGAUAGAAACGUUCUACAGUUCACAUACAUUUCACAAUUGAAUAACUAAUUUCCACUAUAAGAAAAUAAGAAAUGAUAUACUGUGUUAGGAAAGAUUGCUUGACAAUGCACUCCACAGUUUUCAAUUAUUUUAGGCUUUAAGGUCUAACAUUGCCUUACAAAAAAUGGAGAUUCUGAAACAUCAACUUAAUUUAUAAUUUUAUAUGGAAGUAUAUUGCUAUUGACAGAUAGGAACAUGAUUUAGUGGUCCUCAUAUAACACACCAGUUAAAUUUUUUUACUGUCAUGCGUUAACAAAGCAGGUUACAUAUAUAUCCCAAGAGGUUUAUUUGUGGAAAUGCCGUGCAACAGAGCUCUUAACAAAUACUCAAAAACGGCUUCAGUGUAGCUGUAUCAGGUUUGUUGUUGAGGGGACGAGCAAGACUCGCUUUCACAUUGAAAUUUUAUUUUGUGUUCAAGGACUUGAAGUAUUUUCAUUUCCUGUUAAAACGAAUGGUCUUGGCAUUUUAUGGCGGAGAAAGUGUAAGUCUGAGUUUUUUGUUUGUUUUUUAAAUUGGUGUACUCCAUAUCUGAAAUUGUUAAAGAAUGUCUAAUUGUGUUUUGUUAUGCUUUUGCGGAUUAAAUAAAUAUUCAAGAACUA